UUCAAAAUUACUCUCCAACAGCAACAAACCACCACCAACACCAGCAAAAUGACCAAUGCCAUGGAUAUUGUUAUCAAAAAUGGCAGCACCAAUGGCUCUGUCGAUGGCAACGAUGAGUCGCGCACCAAUUUGAUUGUCAACUAUUUGCCACAGACCAUGACCCAAGAGGAAAUGCGUUCCCUGUUCUCAAGCAUUGGUGAAUUGGAGAGCUGCAAAUUAGUGCGUGAUAAAAUUUCGGUAUUGCCAGCUUCAUUGCAGGCAUUGAAUCCAGCCUUGCAGCAAGUUCUACCACUUGCAGGUCAAAGUUUGGGCUAUGGUUUCGUUAACUAUGUUCGGCCAGAGGACGCUGAGAAGGCUGUCAACACCUUGAACGGUUUACGUUUACAGAACAAGGUCAUUAAAGUUUCGUAUGCCCGUCCAAGUUCGGAGUCAAUAAAGGGUGCUAAUUUAUAUGUAUCGGGUCUUCCCAAAAAUUUAUCACAACCAGACUUGGAGGCGUUAUUUGCACCAUAUGGCAAAAUCAUAACAUCUCGCAUACUCUGUGAUAAUAUAUCCGGUCUCUCAAAGGGUGUUGGCUUUAUACGUUUCGAUCAACGCAACGAAGCCGAGCGUGCAAUUCAAGAACUGAACGGCAAGACACCUAAAGGUUAUACGGAACCCAUUACGGUUAAAUUUGCCAAUAAUCCAAGCAAUAGCGCCAAAGCUCAAAUCCCACCACCAUUGGCUGCUUAUCUGACACCACAGGCAGCUGCUGCAACUAGACGUCUUACUGCCGGAGCGUUACCAUCUGCUGGUCGUAUAAGCAUUGGAAAAAGCCCCCUGUUUGCCAUUAACAAGGGUUUACAAAGAUAUUCUCCAUUGGCUGGUGAUCUCUUGGCCAAUUCCAUAUUGCCGGGCAACGCCAUAACCGGUUCCGGUUGGUGUAUAUUCGUUUACAAUUUGGCACCCGAAACCGAGGAGAACGUCUUGUGGCAAUUGUUUGGCCCAUUCGGUGCCGUCCAAUCGGUUAAGGUAAUCCGUGACCUGCAGACCAGCAAAUGUAAAGGUUUCGGUUUUGUUACCAUGACCAAUUACGAUGAAGCGGUUGUGGCUAUACAAUCAUUGAAUGGUUAUACUUUAGGUAAUCGUGUUUUGCAAGUAAGCUUUAAGACCAACAAAACAAAGACAGCUUAA